UUGCUUUUAUAAUUGUUCAAAAGCAAGUGAUAUAAAUUUUAAAUUCUUUAUUGAUUAAGAUUUAAGAGUGGCAUGUGAUAUAUAUUGCAGCCAGCUUUCUGCCCUUCAGCAUUCAAGAAAUACAGACUUCCUUCUCUCUUACUUAUUCUAUCAAUUUUAAGAGAUCGAAUAUAUCAAGAUGAGCGGACACUCUGCGGAGACAUCCACCCCCAAAAGGCUUGAAGGAAAGGUUGCCUUGAUCACUGGAGGAGCAAGCGGACUGGGAGCAACUAGUGCAAAGCUUUUUGUUGAACAUGGAGCAAAGGUUUUGAUUGCAGAUAUCCAAGAUGAGAUUGGAAGCUCGCUCUGCAAACAAAUUGGCUCCCAAGAUAUCAUCUCUUACGUCCACUGCGAUGUUACAUGUGAUUCUGAUGUUCGGAACGCUGUGGAUUUAGCCGUCUCCAAGUACGGAAAGCUUGACAUCAUGUUCAAUAACGCUGGUGUUGCAGGCAAAUUGGACACCAGAAUUUUGGCUACAGAGAACGAAGAAUUCAAAAGGGUGUUUAAGAUCAACAUGUUUGGUGCUUACUUGGGUGCCAAACAUGCUGCAAGGGUCAUGAUUCCUGCAAAGAAAGGGUGCAUCCUUUUCACUUCUAGUAACGGUGCAUCCACUUGUUUACAGUCUCCUCAUCCUUAUGUGGUAUCAAAACACGCACUCAAUGGUUUUGCUAAGAACCUGUGUGUGGAAUUGGGGCAAUAUGGGAUAAGAGUGAAUUGUAUUUCUCCAUUUUUAGUUGCGACUCCUUUGGUGGCCAAAAAUUUCGGGAAGGUGGAGGUCGAUGACCUGACUAUGAAAACGGUUCAGGACCUGGUUUCUACUGCUGGUAAUUUGAAAGCGGCGAUAUUGGAGCCAGAAGAUAUAGCAAAUGCAGCACUUUACUUGGCAAGUGAUGAUUCUAAGUACGUUAGCGGCAUGAAUCUUGUCGUCGACGGAGGUUAUAGUAUCUGUAAUCCGUCCAUUGCCAUGUCACUGCAAAACUUAUCUUCUUGAGCUCCUGUUAUUUUAAUUUGGAGACUCUCAUUUCAUCUUUCCAGCAAUUAAUAAGUUCGAUGUUCCCUUCUGUACCAGAAAUACUUCAAUACAUUAUCAACUUCUAGGAAGAGUUUUUCUAA